AUGCGUCACUGUUUAAAUGCUAUUGCUAAGGAUAUUCAGUUAGCACUUUUCAAAGUAUUUCCUAAGGUUCCUGAAAUAAAGGCAAAUGCAGAAGAUAUUGCAGAUAUCUAUGAUAAUUUGAAAAAUAAUGAAUAUUUAAAAGAUUAUAAUGAUACCAUCAAAGAAGAGACUCAAGAACCUUAUUCUGAAUCUGAAGAUACUA